AUGGCGGCCCCAGCAAGCAGUGUGCCCUCCAGCACCGUAGCCAAAUCGGGCGCAUCAUCCUCAGCACCUUCUUCCGCGGCCUCGUCACUGCACUCGCAGCCCGACGCCACUACCCCUCUUCCCCAGCCGGUACAGCACCACGGCGCCAGCAGUGUCCAAGCCGCGGCCGAAGCCCUGCUCAAGCCCAAGAAACCCACAAUGACGUCGCGCCUGAGUUCCAUGCUGGGGCGCAAAGAGCCCACAGCCGCAACGCUCGCCGAGAGAAAUGGAGAAGUCAAGGCCGUGAAUGGCGCCACAGCAAACGGUCGUCCGCCGCCCCAGCGCCAGGGCUCAGUGACGAGAAAGGACAAUCUGGUCGCACCCUACAAGCGCUUUUGGGUCAACGAGGACGGCACACACGAACACCAUCUCAAGGUAGCCAAGCGGCAAGAGAAGCUUUCCGACAUGUUCCAGUCUCUGAUGCUGGGCAAAAAGAAGGGCGAGAAUGUCGAGGACCAGCCGCUGAGCCUCAUGUCAAACUGGGUCGAUGUCAUGCGCAACGAGAAGGAAAAGCUUGCGGAGCAAAAGAGCGCAGUCAACAGCCUUCCACAGACGUUAGUCCAAAAAUAUGGCAAGUGCCAGGAAGUCGUAGGACGCGGAGCCUUUGGGAUCGUGCGUGUGGCCCACAAGCAGGAUCCCAAAGACUCGAGACGAGAGCAGCUCUACGCCGUCAAGGAAUUCAAGCAACGGCCUGGCGAGUCUGCGAAGCGCUACCAAAAGCGCCUCACAUCCGAGUUCUGCAUCUCGUCGUCGAUGCAGCACCCUAAUGUAAUUACUACCCUUGACCUGCUCCAGGACGAGAAGGGUACCUACUGCGAAGUCAUGGAGUACUGUUCAGGCGGUGAUCUGUACACGCUUGUCCUUGCAGCUGGUCAGCUCGAGGUUUCCGAGGCCGAUUGUUUUUUUAAGCAGCUCAUGCGCGGUGUUGAAUACAUGCACGAAAUGGGCGUGGCGCAUCGCGAUCUGAAGCCAGAGAACCUUCUCCUGACCACACACGGUUCAAUCAAGAUCACAGAUUUUGGGAACGGCGAGUGUUUCCGUAUGGCCUGGGAAAAGGAAGCCCAUAUGACUGCCGGCCUUUGCGGCUCUGCUCCCUAUAUUGCCCCCGAAGAGUAUGUUGACAAAGAAUUUGACCCUCGCGCUGUUGAUGUCUGGGCCUGUGGUAUCAUUUACAUGGCGAUGAGGACUGGGCGUCACCUUUGGCGUGUCGCUCAAAAGGGCGAAGACGAAUUCUUCGAUCGUUACCUAGAGGAUCGUAAAGAAGAGGAAGGCUAUCGACCCAUUGAAGUUCUUAGACGACGUCAGUGUCGUAAUGUGAUUUACUCUAUUCUCGACCCCAAUCCGACACGCCGCCUCACAGCUCACCAAGUCCUCGUUUCAGAAUGGGUUUCGGAAGCCAAAGUCUGCCAUGCUGGCAACGAGGGCUUCUGA